CAACCUCUCCUCCUCCUCCUCCACUCACAACACACCACCGCUCCCUCGCUCUCCGUUCACUGCUCUUUCUCUUGAGCAGCAGGAGAUCAAGGGAAGCACCUGGCCUGGCCUGGGAUCUAUACCUUAGUUAGCCUACCUAUCUAUCACUUAUCUAGAGAUGGCUUUCUUGAACAUGGAACAGCACACCUGGGCCUUCACCUUUGGAAUCUUAGGUAACAUAAUCUCGCUAAUGGUGUUCCUUUCACCGCUCCCGACGUUCUACCGCGUGUACCGCAAGAAGUCGACGGAGGGGUUCCAGUCCACCCCGUACGUGGUCUCGCUCUUCAGCUGCAUGCUCUGGAUGUACUACGCCUUCCUCAAGUCCGGCGCCGAGCUCCUCCUCACCAUCAACGGCGUGGGCUGCGUCAUCGAGACGCUAUACAUCGCCAUGUACCUGCUGUACGCGCCCAAGACUGCCAGGCUCCUCACGGCCAAGCUCUUCCUGGGGCUCGACGUGGGGCUCUUCGGCCUCAUCGCCCUCGUCACCAUGCUCGUCUCCAGGGGCGACCUCCGCGUCCACGUCGUGGGCUGGGUCUGCGUAGCCGUCGCGCUCUGCGUCUUCGUCGCUCCCCUCAGCAUCAUCAGGCUUGUGAUCCGGACCAAGAGCGUGGAGUUCAUGCCCAUCUCCCUCUCCUUCUUCCUCGUGCUCAGCGCCGUCAUCUGGUUCGCUUACGGCGCGCUCAAGAAGGACAUCUUCGUGGCCGUGCCCAACCUGCUGGGAUUCGUCUUCGGCGUCGCGCAGAUGGCGCUCUACAUGGCGUACCGGAAAAAGAGCCCUGCGACGACCACGGUGGUGCACCAGCUGGAGAUCAUGAAGCUGCCGGAGCACGUGAAGGACACCAGCAAGGGCGGCACGCCCACCGAGGGCAGGGUCAGCUGCGGCGCCGAGGUGCACCCCAUCGUCGACGCGCUGCCGACGUCCGCGGACGACCAGGCGGCGGUGGCAAUCGACGUAGAAGAAGCCACCCGCGACGACCGCAACAUGCUCAUCAGGCCGGAGCAGGCGAUCAGGCCUGACAUGGCCAUUGUUGUCCAAGUGUAGAUCCGCUUAUUGGCUUCAGCAGUCCUGUUAUUAAUUCAAGUAGAGCAGCUGCCGAUAUGUGGGUGCUGUGGUACGCACACGCCACACAUGCAGUACUACUAGUAGUGUUGGCCUGGCAGGCCAAAACGUCUAUCUACUGGGAUAUGCAUUGCCUCUGCAGAGAUGGAGCUUAGCUAGCCCGGCCGGGUGCAUGCCAUGUGAAGCUUUGCUGUGGGAGAUGAGCGGUGAGAGCGAGUGUGAGUGAGUGAGUGAGAGUGAGAGGUCAUGCAGCAGCAUCAGCAUCAGCAGCGUUGUGUGUAAUCUAUCUAGCUAGUUUAUCAUCAUGUCACAUUGUUAUCUUCUGUUUCGUGUCAUUGAUCGAUCCAUGCAGUCGCAUCAAUAAACUUGGAACGUUCUAUUA